CUGUUUGCCGCGGGGCUGCGGCAGCGCAGGAAUGUGGGUGGUUGGAGGCCGCAGGCGGGUCCUGCGGGGGGGACAAGGCUCCUGGCCCCCGCCCUGCGCCCGCACUCUGAGCUCAGCACCAGCACCAUGCGCCCGCUGCUGCUCCUGCUGCUGGCCACAGCCCACGGCCUGGACAAGUUGUCCUACAAACCCACCCUGGUUGGUGGCAACGUGGAGGGCCGUAUGACGGGCAGCACCUUCGUGCUGGAGCAGCCCCGCUGCGUCUUCGAUAGUUACAGCACAGCCAACAUCUGGCUGGUGGUGGCCACCCGUGAAGGCAUGGAUGCUUUCAAUGACAGCGCACAGCCGGGGAUGCCCGAGUGGAGCUUCCAGCGCUUCCCUACCAACACGUCAGCCUACCUGACGCUGGGUGCCAUGCAGUACCACUACGGCUGCCCUAAACCCGAUAGGGAGCUCACUGUGCUGCGCGUGGGCAGCGAGACCGACUGUGCUGACAACAUCUCUGUACCCAACUGCAAUGGGCCCCUGCCCGGCCCCGGGCCCUACUGGGUGAAGUUCCUCGCACUGAAUGGCUCUGAGCCCACAGCCACCACGGAAUGGUCGGGGCCCAUCACACUGAAGACAGCCCGGGAGCCCCAGAGCAUCCCCGGCACGGGCGGUGCCCGCAGCGGUGCCAUGAUCGCCAUCACUGCCAUCCUGUCGGUGCUGUUGGCCAUCCUGCUGGCCGCCCUCCUGGCCACGCUGUGCAGCUCUGAGGCGUGCGGUGUGGGCAGCUUCAGGCCGGACGCGGCGUCCAUCCGACGCUACAACACCCACCACGUGUACGACCAGCCGGCCGCGCGGCUCUGAGGGGGGACACCGUGCCACCGUGUCAUCCAUCGUGUCAUCGUGUCAUCGUGUCAUCAUCACGUCACUGCCCCCAGCGAUGGGCCAGGACAUAAACAGAUUCAUGCGUG